AUGUCCUUAGUAGCAGAAUCACCGGAUUUUCUUCAAGUCUAUUCUGAUGGCACUGUGAAACGCUUUGCACCAGAAACUGCUCCACCAUGUUUGGAACCAUCCAAUGAUCCCAAUGGAUUCAGGUCCAAGGAUGUGGUCAUUGACCCAUUAAAACCCAUCACUGGAAGGCUCUUCCUUCCUCCUUCAGUUUCCUCCUCAGAGAAGCUUCCAGUGUUGGUUUAUUUCCAUGGUGGAGGCUUUUGCAUUGGCUCCACCACUUGGCUUGGCUACCAUGUUUUUCUUGGUGAAUUCUCUGCCACUUCAAGGUCCAUUGUUCUGUCUGUUGAUUACCGUUUGGCUCCGGAGCACCGUCUUCCCACGGCUUAUGAAGACUGCUACGCCGCAAUUGAAUGGCUUCGUGAUCAAGCAAGCACAGAACCAUGGCUCCAACAAGCAGAGUUAUCAAGAGUUUUCCUCUCUGGGGACAGUGCUGGAGCCAACAUUGCACAUCAUGUUGCUGUGAAAACAAUUCAGAAGUGGGUGUGCCCUGUGAAAAUCAAAGGAAUAAUGCUAAUACACCCUUACUUUGGUAGUGAGAAGAGAACUGAGAAGGAAAUGGAAGAUGGAGGUUCAGAAGAUGUGAAGAGCAAUGACAUGUUCUGGAAGCUAAGCAUACCGGAAGGCUCGAACCGCGACUACUUCGGCUGCAAUUUCGAGAAAGCAAACUUGCCUGAGAGAAUUUGGUCCAAGUUCCCAGCAAUUGAGGUGCAUGUUGCUGGUUUGGAUUUCUUGAAGGAGAGGGGUGUGAUGUAUGCAGAGUUUGUGAAGAAGAAUGGGGUGAAAGAUGUGAAGCUUGUGGAGGCCAAGGGAGAGAAGCAUAUUUAUCAUGUGCUUGAUCCUAAAUCUGAUGCAGCAAGGUUGCUUCAGAAACAGAUGAGCCAGUUCAUGAAGAGGUUUUAG